AUGCCCGAUCUGCAUUGUAGGGGAUUAGGGAAAAUCACAAACGAAGCCAGGCAAGAGGGGACAUUUUCUCCCUUUCCUAUUAUCGGUCCACCUGAAAUACAUGUCGGCCAACUGGUUUUCCCAUCCCGAUCGAGUCAGCCUAUUCCUCAAUUUGACAUAAGUCUGCAAAAUAGUUGUAGCCUCAAUCGUGAAGCUUUGUUGCGACUCGGUCAAGUUACCGGCGAUGUCAAGUCUACAUCAGCUCGCUUUGAUGGCACUUUUUAA